UGAGAAAACUAAAAAAAGAAACCACUCGCUGCAAUUCAACUUCCUUAUAUCUCUCUACUUAAAACUAACAAACCUCACCAGUCUCCUCUUUUUAAACUCAACACUCAGGAGAGAACAGAAGCCCUAACAUCCUCAUUUCUUCCACAAAAGACCCUAAAGUCUCCUUUGUCACCAAAAAACCCCCCAGAAACAAAAAAGAAAACUUUUUCUCGGGAGCUCCCUUGAACAUCAAUCCAAAAACUACAGCAAAUGGGUUCAUCGAAGACCGUUCUGCUUUUUGUUUUCGCAUCGGUUUAUGUGUUUUCAUGUGUUUCUUGCUCUGAAUUUGUAGUUGGAGGCGAAGAUGGUUGGGUUGUACCAACGUCCACGAAGGAUUUGUAUAAUCAAUGGGCUUCCAAGAACCGUUUCAAAGUUUACGACACAAUUCGUUUCAAGUACAAGAAAGAUUCUGUCCUGGUGGUGACAGAAGAAGAGUACAAGAACUGCCGAUCCUCUAAACCGGAGUUCUUCUCAAACAAAGGCGACACGGUUUUCAAUUUAGACCGGUCCGGUUUAUUCUACUUUAUCAGCGGUGUCUCCGGCCACUGCCAAAAGGGUCAGAAAAUGAUCAUCAAAGUCCUGGAUGUCGAAUCCCCGCACCAAUCUCCUCCUCCUUCUCCCAUGACUUCGGUUUCCACUAAGAGCCUCGCCGUGAAAUCGGUCCAGUUCCGUUAUACCAGUUUAGUUGCCGUUGCAGUCCUGGUUAUUUCGAUUUUCGCUCUGGUUUAGUUCCGGUUUUCUGAACCCUUUUUCUAUCUAGAAAAGGUUGUUGCUCCGAACAAUGGUCCGGUCCGGUUAAGUGGGUGGUUUAGUUGUGUUUUCUUGGACCGGUUAUCUUUUGGUUUCUACACCCUCUUUCUACUUUAGGAUGAUUUGAUAAUUUAACUGUUUUCAGUA